AUGUUCCUUUUGAUUGGUGUUUGAGGUUCAAGAGAAGAAAAGGUACGUGCCUCUUAUUAUUUUUUUUUUUAUACUUUCGCGGGAUCGGUGUUUAUGCUUUUGGGCAUCUUUCAAUUAUAUAGUGUUACAGGAACCACCGACUAUCAAAUAUUAUUAAAUAUAAAGUUGCCUGUUACUACUCAAAAAUGAGUGCUAGCUGGGUUUUUUCUUAGUUUAGCGGUUAAAAUUCCUCAAAUACCAUUUCAUAUUUGGCUUCCCCAAGCUCACGUGGAAGCGCCCGUCUCUGGUUCAGUAAUAUUGGCGGGAAUAUUAUUAAAGUUAGGGGGCUAUGGGUUUUUAAGAUUUUCUUGGCCGAUUUUGCCUGCUGCCUCCGAGUAUUUUGCUCCUCUAAUUAUUAUGUUAGGUGUUGUAGCUGUUAUUUAUGGGGGCUUACUAACUUGUCGACAAGUGGACUUUAAGCGGCUCAUUGCUUAUUCUUCGGUGGCGCAUAUGGGGCUGGUUCCUUUAGGUUUAUUUACCCAUACAAUUGAGGGGCUGGUGGCGGCAGUUUUCAUGAUGUUAGCGCACGGGUUUGUUAGUUCAGCCCUUUUUAUUGCUAUUACUUAUUUAUAUGAGCGUCAUCACACUCGUCUUAUUAAAUACUAUCGUGGAAUUACCCUUACAAUGCCUAUUUUUGUUUGUAUAAUGUUAAUUUUAUCAUUAACUAACAUGGGCAUUCCUUUAAGUUGUAAUUUUGUUGGGGAGUUUUUUUCGUUGUUAGCUGCUGUUGAGUAUAAUUUGGGGCUUGGGGUGUUGGCUACUUCGGGCAUGGUUUGGUCUGCGGCGUAUUCUCUUUAUUUAUAUAAUCGAAUUAGUUUUGGGGCGGCCUCUAACUAUCUCCUUUAUAUUAGAGACUUAAAUAGGCGGGAGGUAUUGGCCAUCUCUCCUUUAGUAAUAGCCGUUGUCGUUUUUGGAAUAUUUCCUUUUGUACUUAUAGACCCUAUAAAGAAUGGGGUUAUCUUUAGCCCAGGGGGGGCUUAAAUGUUUUAUUUUUUGAGAGUCGAAAGUCCUUUGGUUUUGGGGAAGAUAAAAGAUAAGUGACCUCCAAAAUACAUGCUAGUAUCUAAAGAUUGGUCUCCAAACUUUAGAGUGCGAACAGGUGAGGAAAACCGGAGUCCAAGUUUGGCUGGGCCGGAGUCGUAUUAGGUAGAAGGGGGUGUAACGGACCACCUUGCUUAUGAUGCGGGGCUUUAGUUAGGAGCCACAUUUUCACUGAGACAAGGGGAAAGCUCAAAUGGGGUGUUGGCCCCCGAGGCAGCAGUAAAGAAUUUUGUGCAAUAUACGAAAGUAAGACACAGAGAGGGCACCUUUUCUAGUCCGUCAAAUUAAGUGCCAGCAGACGCGGUGAAACUUAAGGGCUAGUCUUAUAGGCAAAAGCGUAAAGGGUGUGAUAGGCCACCUUAUUUAAGAGAGUAAAUGGAAUUUUUCUGUAAUGGUGGUAUGUGUAAAUAGGAAAAAGAACUUUAGACGUGAAGACUAUUUACUUCUAAGAUUAUAAUGUGUUGGCUAAAACACGAGAGUGUGGGGAGCAAACAGGAUUAGGUACCCUGGUAGUCCAUACUGUAAAUAAUGAAAAAGAUGUGAAGCAAUUCUAAAAGGUAAGAACUUUUCCGCUUGAGUAGUACGAUCGCAAGAUUAAAAUUCAAAAAACUUGGCUGUUCACUGUUUUGAUUAGAGGAGCGUGUCGUUUAAUUCGAUAGUCCGCGAGAGACCUUACCCAAACUUGAAUCCCUCAUUGACAGGUAUUGCAUGGCCGUCGUCAAUUUGUGUAUUAAACAUAAAACAAAUUCAACCCAGUGGUUUGUCUAUUGGAUGAAGUCAGGUCUUAUUGUCCUAAUGUUUGGGGAUUAGAUGCGCUACAUUUUUUUAUACAAUGGGAAACUUUGAAUGUGAAACCCAAAAAUAAGAGUUCGGAAGGUGCCUGGAAUAUAACGGAAAGUUGGAUUUAAUAGUAAUUGAAAAGUAGAGCGUUUCAAUGAAAUUUAUUCAGUGUUAGUACAAAUUGCCCGUCGCCUUUGCUUAGAAAGGUUGUUUGGUUGCCCCUCAAGAGGGUUCCUAAUAUCUUCGAGGUAGAGUAAGUCGUAACAUAGUGAGGGUGAGGGAACUGGCCCUUGGUGGACAGUGAAAAGAAGUACUCUUUUACGUUGUCCAAAAAAUUAAAAGAAAGAAUGCUAAUGCCGUAAAUGUUGGAGGCUUGAAUCACCCUUGUACCAGCUUUACUGGUUUAAAUUUGGCUCAUUCUUUGGGUUCUAUUAUUGAUUUUUGGGAAGGCCUAAUAAAAACUUAUUUUUAUUAUGGGGCUUGGUUAUUAGUUUGAUAAUGCGAACUGUUUUAUGUCAUCCUUAUCAUUUAGUGGAGCCUUCUCCUUGA